AUGCCAACUCAAAAAAAUAUAAAGAAAUCAGCACCAAUUAAAACUACAACUACCACUACCACCACAACUGCUGCUGUUGUACCAAAGAAGGGUAGUGCUGUAAAGCAAGUUGUAGCACCUGCACCAGGUGCUGCUAAAACAACAGUCUCGAGUAAGCGUGGUAGAACUACUGCUGAGCCACCAAAGAAGAGAUCAAAGAACGAUGAAGAAUUGAAGAAUAUGCUUCAAGAUAUUAUCAGUGGUCAAUACGAUCCAGAGGAUGAGGAGAUCGAAGAAGAUGAAGAUAUCAGUGGUGACGAUGACGUCAACUUGGACUUUGACGACGAUGAAGAUGAUGAUGAUGAAGAGUUAGAAGAAGACGAUGAAGAAUUGGAAGAUGAUGAUGAAGAGUUAGAGGGUGAAGAAGAGGAGGAAGACGAUGAAUAUGGUGUAGAUCAAGAUGAGGAAAUCGAUCCAGAUGAAUUGGAUGAUCUCUAUCAAGAUGUAUACGAAGAAGGUGAAGAUGACGAAGAUGAAGAUGAAGACGAAGAAGAAGAUGAAGAGGAAAUAGAUGCACCAAUUGCUAUUCCAACUAAAAAGUUGACCAAAGAGCUCAAUAUCACUGGUAAAUCGUUCCAAGGUUUCGCUAACGUCGCUGAUAUCUUGGCCGCUCAGAAAGUAGCUGGAAAGCAAAAGCCAGCCGAAAUGAUUAGAGAAAUGACUGAAGUCGACGAACUUGCUUUGCCAACCUCAGAUCUCAGUGAAAACGAAGAAGAGGAAUCAGCAGAGAAAGACCAAGAAAUACAACAAGAGCCAAUCGAUUAUAACAAACAUUCAGUAAAUGAUAAAGUUGGUCUCACACAAAAGUUACAAGAUUUCAAAUUGAUGGUCGGUGGUAAAGUUCCAUGGGUACAUACCUUAACCGUUACAACAAAGAAACAAUUGGAAUGUCCAAAUAUCCAUGAUGAUUUCGUAAGAGAAAUGGCAUUUUAUAAACAAACAUUGGAUUCAGUUAUGGUUUGUGAGAGUUUAUGUAAAGACUUUAAGUUACCAGUAGAGAGAAAACCAGAUUACUAUGCAGAGAUGGUCAAGACUGACCAACAGAUGUACAAGAUCAAGGCCAAGUUGGACGAGGACAAGAAACGUAUUGAAAAGGCUGAUCUCAUUCGUCAAAAGAGACAAUUCAAGAAGAUCGGUAAACAAGUACAAGUUCAGAAGCAACAAGAAAGACAAAAAGAGAAAUCUUCACAACUUGAAGCUGUUAAGAAAUGGAGAAAGAAUCGUGAAAAGGGUAAUGUUUCAGAAGAUUUUUCAAUUGAUUUGAUCGAUGAAGAAGCAAAGAAAGGAAACAACGGUGGAAACAACAAGAGAAAGAGAGAUUUACCAACCAAGGGUAAGAAACGUUUGGCCAAAGAUGAGAAGUACGGAUUCGGUGGUAAAAAGAAAUUCGCAAAAUCAAACACUAGAGAGUCUACAGAUGCCGGUAGUUUCAGCGUAAAGAGAAACAACUCUGAUCUAAAUAAUCACUACAAAGAGAAAGCACAACAGAGAAAGGCUGCCGGUGGUUUCGGAGGUAAAGCUGGUUCCGGAGGUAAAGCUGGUUUCGGUGGUAAAGCUGGAGGAAAAUCUAGACCAGCUAAAAUGUUUAAAUUCAAGUUAAAUAAAACAAAGUUGAUGAUUUUAAUUAACAAUGUAAUGAAUUUAAAUUAA